AGAGACACGUUUAUCCGGACAUGGAUCAGCUGUUUGUGCUGCUGCUGCUGCUGUGGGGCUCAGGAAUUCAGGCUUAUGGAAAACAAGAUUCAACAGAGUCUGAUGAUGUCAGGUUGGUGGGAGGAGCCAAUCACUGCGGAGGUACACUGCAGGUGAAAUAUCUGGGAGAGUGGAAACCAUUGCAAUUCAUUGACUGUACCCUGAAGGAAGCAGCUGUAUUCUGUAAACAUCUGGACUGUGGCUCCGCUGUUUCUAUAGAACAGUCCCCACAAAGCUCAGUGUGGGGGGUCAAUUCUACCUGUGUUCAGUCAGGAUCUGCUCUGAGGAACUGUGUAACAACAGAAGGCUUCUCCUCUGCCGUGGAGCUCACCUGCUCAGACUCUGUCAGGCUGCUGAAUGGUUCCAGUCUGUGUUCAGGCAGACUGGAGGUGAAGUCUGACCAGAGCUGGUCCUCAGUGUGUGAAGCUGACUUUGGCCAGCAGGAUGCAGAGGUGGUCUGUAGGGAGCUCGGCUGUGGGCCUCCUUCGGUCCUCCAGGGGGCGCUCUAUGAAGAAGUGGAGGCUCCAGUGUGGAGCAAAGAGUUCCAGUGUGGAGGCCAUGAGUCUGCUCUCCUGGACUGUAGAAGCUCAGGCUCAGCUAGAAACAGCUGCUCACCUGGCAAAGCUGUUGGACUCACCUGCUCAGGUAGAAGAGGAGCUGCAGCUUUGAUGUGGUUCAAACUCACUUUAUUCUUUUACUGAUGACUCUCUGCAUACUCCCAGCACAUUUUAUGUACAUAUUGGCAGUAUACCUCUGCUGUCAGGUCCCUGCAUCCACAUGCUCAUGUA